CCGUAUAGUUCAACAUUUGCCAGUAACAGUCUAAAAUGGAAAAUUUAAGCCUAGACAACGAGGGUACUAUCUCCUCUUUUAUCAUACUACUCAACCGGCUCGCAAGGAACGGUCGAUUCAUACGAUUGGGGCGGUAUUUAGGUGAAUGGGACAUAGUCCGUCUGGAGCAAAUAUCAGCACUUGACUACUCGUCCCUCAUCUUAUUGGGUGACGGUGUGAGAAACCAGAGAAUGUCAUGGAGAGAACGUUCGAGGAGUCCGAUAAGACACCGAUGGCACAGCCCUACACCGCGAGUACCUUCAUCGAUUGGAGGUACAUCGCCGUCGCAAUUUUCGUACCGGUCAUCACCACGAUCACCUUCACUCCGCCGGAGUCCUUCGCCGUCGUACUCUCCAGUCUCGUCUAGACCUACAUCCCCACUUUACUCCGAAGCGGAUGACGACGAGGUUCUUGAAGUCUCAUCCGACGACGAUGCUACUGAAGAAUCACUGGAGCCGAUCGGAAACAUCGAAGUUCAUCCACUUCCAGUUAUACCACAACCGCAACCAGCUGUUUCACCAAAAGUAGUUGUAUCACCACAACCAGUUGUAUCACCACAACCAGCUGUAUCACCACAACCAGCUGUACCAGCACAACCUGCUACACCAGCGCAACUGGCUGUACCACCACACCCAGCACCCCAAUUACAUCAUCCACCACAGGCACCGGUUCAACUAGUUCAUCUACUAUCAUCACCGAGACGUGUAGACACAUGA